CGAAAUCCGUGAUAUUUCCGUGAAAUUUCGUAAUUUCCUUAAACAUCCAGGGGUAGACAAGGACCGCUGGCCUUGACGUUUCUUGGUAGUAAGAAAAUGGCAUUUUCGUUAUAUUCUCAACAUUUAGGGUUAAAUUCACUAGUAGAACACCUUAUUAGGUGAGAGAGAGAAGCUCAUUUCCCGAAGAAACGUUGUAGCUGAUUGGCCGCGCUACCUGCGUACGUUAGAAGAGAACCCCACUGUAAACGGAAGAAAAACCAGUUCUCGGAUUUUCUUUUCUAUCUUUAAUCGAUUCCUGCGAGAAGAGAAUCAGGUGCGCAAGUUAGCAAAACGAUGGCGGGAAUGCUACCUGGAGUGGAGGUGGCCCGAAAGAGAAGGAUCCACCAUCACCAUCUCGACGACAACACGCGCGAGCCUUGUUUUCUGCGUUCACGUAUCGCACCGUCGACAACGACGGCCAUGGACGAAACUGCCCUCAAAGCCCGUACGAGGCUCGAAGAAAAGCUCCGAGGCAUUGGUUACAGAUGGAGUAAAAACCAGCCUAGCAAAGAUGGAGAGUCAGGCCAUGCAGCCGGUGCAAGCAAAGCUGGUGUGGACGUGGUGAGAAUGGAAAUGGCGAUUCAUGUGGACAGAAGGAAUUCAGAGAAAGUGGUGUGUGCUGUUUGCCUGGAUGAGAUCCGGGCCAGACAGAUGGUGAUAAACCUCCCAUGUUCCCACACCUACCACUCUCAUUGCCUUCUACCAUGGCUCAAUGUUCAUUCACAUUGCCCUUACUGUAGGACCAAUGUUCAAUCUUGAUAUUUUGUUAAUGUGCUGGUCCAUUUCUUUUGAUGGGUUGAUUUUAUUAGUCGACCAUCGAGGUUUCAUGGCACCCUCUUUGACUGUAUCCUUAUUCUAUUAUACUUUCAAUAUAUGUCUUAUUCUUUUUA